GGAGGACGGGCGGGCGCCAAGGGUGGGUCGCCGCAGCUGGCGGUCUACCAGAGAAGUCCGCUCGCGCGGUGUGGGCCUUCCCAGGACGGCCGUUCCAAGUUGAGCCGUGCUGGUGGAGCAUGGGGGAGAUUGAAGGAACGUACAGAGUCCUGCAGACCCCAGGGACACGCCUGGGAGCCCAGAACCCUGCGGGGGUGAGCACACUGGAGCCUGGGCAGGGCCUGUUGGCGACAAUGGCGCAGGCCCCGGCCCGAGCUCAGGAGAAGCACCUUCACAUCAGGGUGAAGCUGCUGGACAGCACCGUGGAGGCAUUCGAUGUCGAGCCUAAGUGCAAUGGCCAGCUGUUACUGACUCAAGUGUGGAAGCAUCUGAACUUGAUAGAGUCUGACUACUUCGGGCUAGAGUUCCAAAACGUCCAGUCCUGCUGGAUCUGGCUUGAACCUAUGAAACCCAUCAUUAGGCAAGUACGAAGGCCAAAGAAUGCAUUGUUUCAUCUAUCUGUGAAGUUUUUCCCACCUGACCCGGGCCAGUUGCAAGAAGAAUAUACAAGGUACCUAUUUGCCCUGCAACUCAAGAGGGACUUGCUGGAGGGGCGGCUGACCUGCAGCGACACCACUGCAGCUCUCCUCGCGUCUCAUCUCCUGCAGUGUCAGUAUCUCCUGCGGCACGCGGAGAUAGGAGACUAUGACGAAACUCUGGACCGAGAGCACCUCAGAGUCAGCGAGUACCUGCCUGAGCAGGCGCGCUUCCUGGAGAAGGUGCUGGAGUUCCAUCAGAAGCACACGGGCCAGACGCCUGCUGAGUCAGAUUUCCAGGUGCUGGAAAUUGCUCGGAAGUUGGAAAUGUAUGGCAUCAGGUUUCACGUGGCUUCUGACAGGGAGGGAACCAAGAUUAACCUGGCUGUUUCCCACAUGGGUGUCCUCGUAUUCCAGGGCACCACCAAAAUUAAUACUUUCAAUUGGUCUAAGGUCCGUAAACUAAGCUUCAAGAGGAAAAGGUUUCUUAUUAAACUCCACCCAGAGGUCCACGGACCUUACCAGGAUACAUUAGAAUUUUUGUUGGGUAGUAGAGAUGAAUGUAAGAAUUUCUGGAAGAUUUGUGUGGAGUAUCACACCUUUUUUAGACUUUUUGAUCAACCUAAGCCAAAAGCUAAAGCCGUCCUCUUCAGACGAGGCUCCUCCUUCAGAUACAGCGGAAGAACUCAAAAACAGCUAGUGGAUUAUGUUAGAGACAGUGGGAUGAAGAAAAUUCCCUAUGAAAGACGGCACAGCAAGACGCAGGUGUCUGGCCGAGCUCUGACUGCAGAUGUGCCCAAGCAGAGCAUCUCAUUCACCGAGAGUGUGAGGACUCCUGCUUUCCCGUCUUCAGCAAAUGCCUCCUAUUCAGUGCCUACCUCCCUCGUGGCCCCAACUGGCCUGCCUGAUUCUAAGGACAGCAGCUGUUCCCUCACGGACCCCCACAUGCUCCUCGCCAAGAGUGGGGUCGCGGACAGGAGCAGCGGAACCUCAGCCGGAGGCCCCCACCCAGCCCGGCCCCUUGAGCCCCCGGCCCCCCAGGCCUGCGCAGGCCUUUCUUCGGAGAUACCUCAGCCUUCUCUCUCCACCUGGAAGAGCCCACUGAGCUUGAACUCUGCGUUUCAGGUGACUCUGAGCCCAGGUGACCGGGGCUCAUCCCCCCUCCUGAGCCCCGUCCUCAGUGACGCAAGCGGAACCAGGAUGGACAACGAAGAGGAGACUGCACCCAAGCACGUGCCCACGGACCGAGCAUACUUUAUAGCAAAGGAAAUUCUUGCUACAGAACGGACCUACCUGAAGGACCUGGAAGUUCUCACUGUGUGGUUCCGCUGCGCAGUGGUGAAGGAGGACGCCAUGCCUGAGGACCUGAGGGCCCUGCUCUUCUCCAACAUUGACCCCAUCUAUGAGUUCCACCGCGGCUUCCUGCAGGAGCUAGAGCAGACGCUGGCACUCUGGGAAGGACCCUUGGGCACCCACACACGCGGUGGCCACCGCAGGAUCGGGGACGUCCUGCUCAGGAACAUGCGGCACCUACAGGAAUUCACCGGCUGCUUUCAGAGGCACGACGAGGUGUUGACUGAGCUGGACAAGGCCACCAGGCGCUCAAAGAAGCUGGAGGCCGUGUACAGGGACUUCGAGCUGCAGAAAGUCUGCUACCUGCCGCUCAACUCCUUCCUGCUCAAGCCCACCCAGCGGCUAGCGCACUACCAACUGCUGCUGGCCCGGCUGUGCGCACAGCUCCCACCCGGCCACCCUGACCUCCCCGGCUGCCGUGAUGCGCUGACGGCCACCACAGAGGUGACAUCUGCACUCCGGCAUAGCCUCGUCCGCCUGGAAAACCUGCAGAAGCUGAGGGAGCUGCAGCGGGACCUGGUUGGCAUCGAGGGCCUCGUGGCGCCCAGCAGGGAGUUUAUCCGGGAGGGCUGUCUGUACAAGCUCACCAAGAAGGGGCUACAGCAGAGGAUGUUCUUCCUGUUCUCAGACAUGCUGCUGUACACGAGCAGAGGCGUCACGGGGACCAGCCGCUUCCGGAUCCGGGGCCUGCUGCCCCUGCGAGGCAUGCUGCUCAUAGUGCUGGACCCGCCGGUAGAGGAGAGUGAGAACGAGUGGUUGGUCCCCAACUGCUUCACCAUCUAUGCGGCCCAGAAAACAGUCGUGGUGGCGGCCAGCACCCGCCUGGAGAUGGAGAAGUGGCUGGGUGACCUCAACACUGCGAUCGAGGCAGCCAAGAAAGGCGGUGCCCCAGCCCCUGCACUCCUGGCCGGCCCGCCAUGUGCCCACACCCCUGGACCUUCCAGUGAGGCCUCCCUGGAGCAGGAGUCAGAAGACGACACUCGGGGCGCUGCCCCGGAGGGGACGGGCCAGCAUCGCGCCAACACCACGCUGCACGUAUGCUGGUACCGCAACACGAGCGUGUCCAGGGCUGACCUCAGCGCUGCUGUCGAGAACCAGCUCUCAGGGUACCUGCUGAGAAAGUUCAAGAACAGCAGCGGCUGGCAGCGGCUCUGGGUGGUCCUCACCAACUUCUGCUUGUUCUUUCACAAGACCCAUCGGGUACGGUGCUGGCGGGGGAGCCCCGGCCUCCCUCCUCGUCCUGGUCCUGGGAGGCAACCUCACCGCGUCCUCUUCCCACUCCCGUGCAGAGGACACCUGGGGGGCAGGGGGCAGAGCGGCCUGCGUCCCAGCCCUCCAGAACCCCGUGCCCCCGUCCUGCAGGAUGACUACCCCCUGGCCAGCCUCCCUCUGCUGGGCUACAGUGUGAGUGUCCCUGGGGAGGCCGACGGCAUCCACAAGGACAACGUCUUCAAGCUGCAGUUCAAGUCGCACAUCUACUUCUUCCGCGCGGACAGCAAGUAUACCUUCGAGAGGUGGAUGGAGGUGAUCUCGCGGGCCGGCAGCGCACCUGGGAGGGCGCCCCGAGGGCUGAGCCCUGCACAGGGCUGCCGCCCAGAGCCAGGAGAAGCAUCCAGGGGACAGGAGUGA